UCUAAUGCUCUGUUUCCAGUGAUUUUCAGCAGUUAAGGUCGUUUUUACUUCUCACACAAACACAAAACUCUUUAAAAUACAUUAGGCGGGCGAUUUCAAUUUCUUUCUCACACAAGCAGAGAUGACUCUAAAAGACACUAUGACGACGAUAAGGACUUCGAAUCAUAAACGUUCUAGAAGCGACCCGGUCCUCAGAAGAUCUCUCAAGAACAAGAAAUCAAGUGAUGCCCAUCAUGCCCUUUACAACUUCGACAUGGAUGAACUUUUGCAGAGAGAGAUAGAACAGCUAAAAUCUCUUCUAAAGUCCAGAAAAUUGCAUCCCAGUGCCAGGAGAGUCUCAAGUGAUGAGAUUGAUUUGUUGCUUCAAGAAGAUGAAGUUUUAGUACGGCAUGAAAUGGAGACAGUCCUUCGACGCAAACUAUUCUUGGAAGAUUCUAAAAAUGAAGAUUCGUUUAUCCCUAAGGAGGCAAAGAGACUGGUGAAGGAAAUCGCGGGUUUGGAGCUGCAAGUGAUGUACUUAGAAACAUAUCUCCUUUUGUUAUACCGGAGAUUCUUCUACAGCAAAAUUACAUCUAAGUUUGAAGCAGAUGAGAAGGAGAGAUCAGAGGAUGUUCUUGGGGCUUCUAAACACAUUCAUUCACCCAAAAAUGCAGUUUCCAGCCCUCAGAAAGUUCUAGAAGACUCUGGAAUAUUCCGUAGUCACUCAUCGUUGUCUCAUUGUUCAGGCUAUUCCUUUAGAAUGUCUCCCCAAGCAAUGGACUCAUCAUAUCAUCGAUCUCUUCCUUUCUCAAUGCUUGAGCAAUCCGAUAUUCAUGAGUUGAUCGGGACAUAUGUUUCUGAAAACAUUCAUGAAUCACCAAAUAGUUUAUCUGAAGAGAUGGUCAAGUGCAUCUCGGAAGUCUUUCGUCAGCUCACAGAUCCAGAAUCACUCGACAAUGACCGAGAAUCGAGCAGCCCUUUUCGCGGGAAAGAGCCUCUGAAGAUCAUUAGCCGACCUUACGACAAAUUACUGAUGGUGAAAUCGAUAUGUAGAGAGACAGAAAAGUUAAAUGCAGUUGAACCUGCCUUGAAACAUUUCAGGUCGCUUGUGAAUAAGCUAGAAGGGGUAAAUCCAAGGAAGUUAAAUCAUGAAGAAAAGCUAGCUUUCUGGAUCAACAUACACAACUCUCUGGUUAUGCAUUCUAUACUUGUCUAUGGGAACCCUAAAAACAGUAUGAAAAGGGUCUCUGGGUUGCUGAAGGCAGCGUACAACAUUGGAGGUCGAAGCUUGAACUUAGAUACCAUUCAGACUUCAAUCCUUGGUUGCCGUGUAUUUAGGUUCUUGUUUGCUUCAAGAUCAAAGGGUAAAGCUGGAGAUUUGGGAAGAGAUUAUGCUAUAACUCACUCUGAGCCUCUUCUUCAUUUUGCGCUUUGCUCGGGGAACUCAUCAGAUCCAUCAGUUCGUAUAUAUACGCCCAAGAACGUGAUGAUGGAGCUAGAAUGUGGUAGAGAAGAGUAUGUAAGAUCAAACCUAGGAAUUUCCAAAGACAACAAGAUUUUUUUGCCGAAGCUUGUUGAAUUAUAUGCCAAGGAUACUGAACUCUGCAACGUCGGUGUUCUCGACAUGAUCGGGAGAUUUUUGCCGUUUGAAGCAAGAGAUAGAAUCCAGCAGUGUCGGAACAAGAAACACGGUAGGUUCUCCAUAGAUUGGGUCGCACAUGAUUUCAGAUUCGGUUUAAAUGACUACAGGAUUUUUCCGAUUAGCGUUAACCACCAUGGAGAUAAUCCAACUGUAGAGUUAAAAAGUGAGCUGAACGUUUCUGACUCUAAGAAAUCAGAAGCUCGAUUCGAUAUAACUCGAGUCAUUCACUGUGACGGCUUGUUGUUAUGCUCCUCCGAAUUCGACGAAUCCAGAGUCUUGGUUUUGAACCCUUUAAUCGGUGAGACCAGUCUUGAUGAUAUGAUCGUUCCAGGCCGGAGCACUGGAUUCUCUGAACUCAGCGUGUCUUUGAAGGGAAACACUUACUGGUUCGUUAGAGAUGUAACAAAGACGCCCCGCACCAUAUCCUUGCUCAAAUUUGACUUUACAACAGAGGAAACUGUGUAUGUGCCUCUUCCCUAUCAGACUCGUCGUUUUGAAUCUACUAGUCUUUCGGUUGUUGGAGAAGAGAAGCUUUCUGUGUUGUUACAGCGAGAUCAAAGUUCCAAGACUGAGAUAUGGGUGACAAAUAGGAUGGACGAGACCACCGAAGUGGUGUCUUGGAGCAAGGUCUUAGCAUUGGAUUUGAACCCUGAUCUUAAGCUUUGGAAUGAUGCAAGUUUCUUGCUAGGUGAGGAGAAGAAAGUCGUCAUGUCCUGUGAGAAAUUAAGCAACGACGAGGUAGAGGUCGACAAGAUUAGAGACAUGAUCUACAUUGUUGGGGAGGAUAAUGUAGUCACAGAAGUGGAAAUUGGAGCUACUGAAAUUGAUGGAUGUCGCCCUGUUCUUCUUAAUUAUGUUCCAAGUUUGGUUCAAAUCUGAGAGAGCUGGGAGCAACAGGAUCAGAGGGAACUAAACACCGUCUGCAUGUAAUUUCUUGAGUUGGGUGUGCGUGUUUCUCUUAGUUUAUCUGGUUCAUGUUCUCUUUACGCUUUUAAGUAUUUCUAUUUCAGUGACAAAAGUGAUUAAGAAAAAGCAUGUACUAUUGAGCUUUCAUCUCUUCUCUUGAUUUUCUUUUCA